CUCGAAAGGACCUCCCGCGACGACCACAGCCGGCGGAAGCAGGAACCGCCGCUCACGAUUUUCUACAACGGAAGGUACCGCGUCUACAACGACGUGACGGAGAUGCAGGCCAGAGCCAUUAUAAUGAUGCUGGCCAGUAGCAGUAGUCAAGAGAUGGCAUCAACGGCGGACGACAAAUCGGUGACGAGCCCCGGGGACGAGCAGUCGCAGCGGCGGGCGGUGGGGUUGUCGAUGAAGAGAUCGUUGCAGAGGUUCCUUCAGAAACGGAAGGGGCGAGCCCAGGCCGCCGCGGUGGCGCCUUACGCACGCGCCGUCCAUAAGAAGGAGCUUCAGUUUCAAAUCAACUACGGCUUCCAGAUCCUUGCUCCCUGA